GUGCGCGCGCGCGUGUGUGUGUGUGUGUGUGUGUGGAUAAUACAGGAAAUACCUACAGAGUGUGUACCUUUUCUGCCAAACCUACAUUCCCUUGCCCUCUAUUAAGUCUGUCUCCUCCCACACGGGAUUGUUUCCACUCCCGUCUGCUCUUAUAUCGGUUGAGAACUGCACACGAGCAUUCUACGACUCAACUUCCACCACAUCCCGAAAUACUCGCUUGUGGUCGGCAAUAACUCAAGACAAAGGGAGGACACACGAGAUUCCCAACGGCGCAGAUCUUGCUGUUUAAUCUUCUUUCGUUAGAUGAUUAGAGGCUCUCUUGAGCGCUGCUCCGACAAAAAAAAAGCAACAGCUAUCAAGGGUUGGUGACACAGGGCAUAUAAAAGACACGACUCGGGUGGACGCACAAUUAAAGGGUAGCGAGAAGCUAUUCCUCAAAACCGCGUUUCGAAAGAUUGGGGUUACACUUUUUAGGGGGACAGGCCAAGACGAGGUCCACUUACACACACCAGCCUGGGUUCCUGGACUACUGGCCCAAGAACGAAAAGAAAGGUCCCUGUUCAGCAUUCCCGGUUGGGCUGGGAAUAUCCGUUCAAGGAACCGACAUCAUCACCAGCACAGACGCACUAAGCCCACGCCUGGACCAGAACGUUUAAAAUGUCGCCCACAAUGUGGACCGGCCCUCCUCCUCUUCCAGCUUUCUCGGUGGAUAGGCUGGCCCGGCGCAACAACAAAAGCAGUGCCACGUCCGCUCCAACGUCACCUCCACUGCCCUCCUCUCGUCCCCUCCCUUCAAGUUCAGUCUUGGGCCAAUAUCGCAGCCAGAAUUUGGCCGACCUUCUCGAGCCUGCCGUCGAUGGCCCUCCUUCGCCAGAAAGCAUAAGGGCAUUGAGUCAACAAGUGAGGCAGACCACUACCUCAUCACCGGCGCACGAGAAGCUCCGGAACCAACAGACUUCCUCUGGCUCGACGUCUUCACUGCAGUCCCUCAAUUACCCGGACUGCCCUCCAUGGGAACAUUCCUUGGAUGCUCCCUACUCUGCACCACCACAACUGUCGCGUAACUCUUCGGGCCGUUCAGAAUUAGGCAACAUGCAACAUCCAGCACGUGAGCGGACCGACAGCGUCCAGAUCUUUGGCAAGGCCUUGUUCAACCGCAAGCCCAAGUCCAACAAGAGAGAUAGCAGCACCUACAGUAGCUCUGGAUCGAGCUCUAUUUACUCACAGGACUUUCCACUCGACACAGUCAGCCCUCCGCUGCCAGUUGCGAUCAUGAAUCUGCCCACUGCCAACCACAGCAUCCCGUCGCUAUUCAGCAGGAGAAAGAACGCGAGGGACUCUGUCAUUGGUGACUCGGAUGUGAAGAGGAAGUACACAAUCUCGGCGCCGUACAACUUUCAACACUUGGCACACAGUGACAGGGAUGCCAGUCCCGGCAUGCCGUCGGCCAACAGGCUGACUAUCCAAAGCGAAGACUUCCUUAUCCGUGCUUCGCGAGUGCCUUCUGAAGGCUCUCUUGUUGGCAUCAAUGCCGAGUCGGACAACUCAGUGAACUCGUCAUAUGAGCAACUCGAGAGCCUUGAUGAACAUACCGAGGUGGCUGGGAAACCAGCCCCCGUUUCUCCAGUAUCUCCAUUUUUCUCAGUGUCUCCAGUCAGGAGGAGGUAUCCUCUGAUCAAGGUGCGAUCUCAAGAGCUCAUGGAGCAGUCACCUCCCCGACAAACUAAGCUAGACGAGACAAAACCACCAGUCCCUCCUCCCCGAGUGUCCAGCCGAGUAUCACUUCGGCACGCCGGACUGGAGUCCAUCUCUGCCACAGCCAGACAUGACAGGCCGCAGACCAGUGGCGGCCUAUCGCAAACCUCGCAGCGGUCCGCCUCGCCGGACCAGGAGGAUGAUUAUCUGCACAUGCGCAAGACCAGUCGCGAGAGCAACAUUUUUCCGGCAGAGUUCAGAUCAUCGCGCGCAAUCCCGCCGGCGUCGAACACUAACAACUGGCCUUUAGCAUGCCCGCCCGGCGCCGCCUCGCCCGAUGCACUCCCCAAUGUUCCCGAGGAGGAAGAACACGCUAUCAGGGCUCGGUCACGAGCCAGCGUCAUUAGCACAAGCUCUUCACUCCGAGCCAGCAAAUCAGUACCUAUGCUGUGGCAGAUUGGAACUUCCAGCCAACGACCUUCCAGCAUUGCAUCGGACACGCUUGGCCGCUUUGACAUGUCACGCUUAGUGGCUCAGCGCGCACCGGGUGUGGACAGCAUGACUAACGAGCCACUUGAUGUUCUCCUCAGUGACAGCUGGGAGGAUGACAUUGACUACUGCUAUGAGCACGAGGCAGAGGCCGACUGCAACUAUGCAUGGGACCGUCCAUCGCUCGACAUAUCUCGCGACGAUGACAACACAACACCCAUUGAGUUUGACUAUACCGAUGAACAAUCAGUGUUGGCACAUGGAUAUCUGCGUCCUGGCCACUUCGAUGUACCGGCCCUGAGCCCCGUGAGCCAGGUGUCCAGAGACAGCACGAUCCUCAUAGAGGCAGUCACUCCUACGACACCUGCUGUUCCAACGGCAUCGGCAAACUUUUCACUACCUAGGGCAGAUAUCCAAAAGCAAGCGUCGCGACGACAGGUACGGAAGCCGUCACAAGCAUCAAACUACCACGAAUCGCAGGCCUUUGAUGUGUCACCAGCCAUGAUUAUCCCCAACGGGGACUUUCAAGGCCAAGUUGACGAGGAGCCUGAGUGGUACCCUGGUCAAGAUGAUGUCCUGACGACGCGGUCUCCAUACAGUUAUGAGGAGCCCACUCUCAGCAUGGACAAGUCGGCAUUGUUUGUCCAAUCUCGCGUCAGCGGCUCCACAGUGGCUAGCAUGAGCUCGGAUCUCACCAGCUCAGAUCGUCACGCAUCUACUUCCAGUACAUUUACCCGCCUGACAGCCAGCACCAGCUCCAUCAACAUCCAGGGGCUGGUGGAUCAGUCGACCGACACUCUCGUCCAUGCGUCGCCCAAACAUUCGAGGGAUGAUCUGAUAAACAAACUCACCAAGCAGCGCAAAGAAGAGCAGGCUCCUGCGCGCACACGCCAGCGGGCCAAGACAUUGAGCCACGCCCAGAUGGCUUACUCUAAGCCCUCACUUCAGCCCAACGUUCAGCACUAUGCUGCUUACACCAUGUCUGUCUCUCGAAUUUGAGCAUACUUGGCUGGGUCUAGCUGCGGCGCUGGCUAUAUUACAUACACCACUUUCGACACAUAUCAUGUCGUCUUUUAUGUUUUACGACCUUUUUUUCCACUUUGCUAAAAUACACCCCAGCGAGCGAUACCUUUCUUUGCUUGUCAUAUUACCCUCUAUUUGCCAUACUAUAUGGCUCUACAAUCACUACAACUAAACCAAAAUCUAUCACAUACUCGAGCAAGAAUGGCUCGUGUUCAACAAAUUAUCAUUUCCUUGAGUAUUAGACGGGGCAGGCCUGGUCUCCCAACAAUGGGGCAAGGCCAUUUCUACUGUGUCAUACUGGUCAUCUCAUAAAGGAUGCCGGCAUCUCCUUUUAUAUCGUUUUUUUCUUCUUAAUCCUCACAACUGUCGGAACGUUGUGCACGGAAGGUCACAAAUCUUUCUUGGGUAUUUUAGAAGGCGUGGGAAAACAUACUCUUGGCUAAGAGGCAUAGACCACCGGGGGGCGAAGAGAUCUAAGCCAUUACGAUAUGGCAGUGGAAGCAAAGAUCUGGGGCAUACGGGGGGGCGCAAUGGGGCCGGAUUGUAUGAGAGACGAUCAGGUUUACGAUAAGGAUGUCGAAGAGACAAAAUAAGACUGCAAGCAAACAGACAUAUACACGUUUGUCGCAAGACAAGCCGAGGUGUAAAUAGCCGUUGGCUAGCUCAAAGGACUAGCUCAACUAAGCGAAUAAAAAAACAAUACCCAAACAUGAAGAAUCUUCUUAUCAAAACCUUUCC